GCGCGGCGUGCUCGGGCUCCUGCAGCUCCCGCCUCCCACGCUCCCAGCCGGCUCGGGCCGCGCGCGCUCCAGUCGGCUCGCCCCGCCUCGCGCUCGGCCGCACCGGGCCGCCCCGCCGCUCCAUGGCACACGCGCAGCCGGCUCGCUGCCCCAGCCCGCGGGGAUCCGGGGAUGGCGGCAUGGCCAAGUCUAGGAAGGUGGCGCUCAUCACGGGCAUCACCGGCCAGGAUGGCUCGUACUUGGCCGAGUUCCUGCUGGAGAAGGGCUACGAGGUCCACGGAAUCGUCCGGCGAUCCAGCUCCUUCAAUACAGGCCGAAUCGAGCAUCUGUACAAGAACCCCCAGGCUCACACUGAAGGAAACAUGAAGCUGUACUACGGCGACCUCACUGACAGCACCUGCCUGGUGAAGAUCAUUAAUGAAGUAAAACCCACAGAGAUCUACAACCUGGGAGCCCAGAGCCACGUCAAAAUUUCCUUUGACUUGGCUGAGUACACGGCGGACGUGGACGGGGUCGGCACUCUGCGGCUCCUGGAUGCCAUCAAGACCUGUGGCCUUAUCAACUCCGUGAAGUUCUACCAGGCUUCCACCAGUGAACUUUAUGGGAAAGUGCAAGAAAUACCCCAGAAGGAGACCACCCCGUUCUACCCGCGGUCGCCCUACGGGGCAGCCAAGCUCUACGCCUACUGGAUCGUGGUGAACUUCCGGGAGGCCUACAACCUCUUCGCAGUGAAUGGCAUCCUGUUCAACCACGAGAGUCCCAGAAGAGGAGCUAAUUUUGUUACUCGAAAAAUUAGCCGGUCAGUAGCUAAAAUUUACCUUGGACAACUGGAAUGUUUCAGUUUGGGAAACCUGGAUGCCAAACGAGAUUGGGGCCAUGCCAAGGACUACGUGGAGGCUAUGUGGCUGAUGUUGCAGAAUGAUGAGCCAGAGGACUUUGUCAUAGCCACUGGGGAAGUGCACAGUGUCCGGGAAUUUGUCGAGAAGUCGUUUAUGUGCAUCGGGAAAACCAUUGUGUGGGAAGGAAAGAAUGAAAACGAAGUGGGCAGAUGCAAAGAAACCGGCAAAGUUCACGUGACUGUGGAUCUCAAAUACUACCGGCCCACUGAAGUGGUAAGGACGCGCACUGCGCACAACGCCCCGUUGAGGGCCACACUCUUGGCAGGCCGGGUGGGAAAAUGUUCUCCCCAAGUGCCUGUUGCCAAGCUUCUCCAGCAUCCUGCUGCAGGCACUUCCCAGAGAACAUGGCACGAGAUACCACACUGGCCGCAAAAAAAAAAAAAAAGUAUUGCUUGAUUUAAGGUGAAAGGAGUGAAUCACAGCCUGGCAAACCACUGGCUUCAGAAACGGAGGCACACGUCUCCAGUUGGUCUCUGUGACCGGAGGGCCCAUGUGCUUCUGCGGCCAUGCCUGUCUAUGCUCACACACGUGUGUACUCAUGUGUACAUGCGCCAAGCCGUAAACAGUCGCCCAGACAUAGUUUUAGAGACCGAGCUUCGGUUUCACCGUGUCCAUUAAGUCUUUCCUUAGGCCGUACUUCAUAUGUAGUUCUGCUAGCUAUACUUCUAACAUCCAAUGCUAAGAAACUAAAAAAUCAUCUGUUGUUGAUAUGUCUUUCUCACCACCAAACUGGGAGUUCUUUGAAGAUGAGGACUUGUUUAAUAUCUUCCGCCGUAACCAACGGGCGCUUCACCAAAAUCAACUGAUUGGUGGAUGGUUGGGUGCGUGGAUGAAUUUCUCGAUGUAGAAGUUGCCGUCUCUGCCAAUUUUCCUUUCCUAAAUCUAUACAAAUGCCUGCCUUGGUGUUACAGCAUUGCCGUGGGCCACUUUCGGGUUACACAACCCUUCUAGAAAGCCGUGCCUCCAGUGAGAAAUACUCACGUAUACUCACGUGUGAUGGCUCUUGCACAGUGUAUCCAUUCACUGUGAGAAUGGAACCCCUUCGAAGCGUUUUGCCUGCCUCUUGAAGUGAAUUCCCAUGUAUUGUAAGACCUUCUAGAGAUCAGGAAGAUUGGAAAAGUGAAUGUGUCAGGAGGAACCGCUCUCAAACACAAGCAAAAAGCUGUAUUUCGUGCGCUCCUGGACACAGGAGGAAAUAAAAAGGAGAGGAAGUAAGCCACCGUGCUGGGGAGGGCUGGGACCACGGAGUCUGUGCUUUGUCCCCAGGCAGGGCGUGGCCGGCUCUGCCACAGUGAACAAUUGUUCCCGGUGCUAAUGGCGAGUGGGUGUG